AUGGAGGGGGUCUGCCUGCUCCUGGUGGCUCUCUCCGCCGCGGCACCCGGACAAGGGGCGGUGAGCCGGGAGCCAGCAGCAUCGCCCGCAGCCCGAGCGCGUGAUGGCAUCCCCGGCUUCGGCUUUCCCACCGCCCCCGCCGAGCCAACGGGACCUCCCAGCACCCCGGCAGGCAGCGUGGCUGGAAACGCCUCGGUGGCACCAGGUCCCGGCAUGCUGCGGCUGGCCGGCGGCCGGAGCCGGUGCGAAGGUCGGGUGGAGAUGGAGCAGGCGGGUGCCUGGGGCACGGUGUGCGACGAUGCCUGGGACCUGGCCGAUGCCGACAUCGUGUGCCGGCAACUGCGGUGCGGCUGGGCCGUGCGCGUCCACGGCAGCGCUGCCUUCGGCCGGGGCAGCGGACCCAUCCUCCGGGAUGAGGUGGGCUGCGAGGGGCACGAGGAACAUCUCUGGGACUGCCCGGCUGCGCCAGAGCACGACUGCAGCCACAAGGAAGACGCCGGCGUGGUGUGCUCAGAGCACCAGGAGUGGCGGCUCUCCGGGGGCCGGGAUGGUUGCGCCGGCCGGGUCGAAGUCUUCUUUCGCGGCACGUGGAGCACGGUGUGCGACAGCACAUGGUACAAGCUGGAGGCGAGCGUGCUGUGCCGCACGCUGGGCUGCGGGGAGCCCCUCCGGCAACUCUCCUUCGGCCACACGCUGCCCGGCAAGAUGCUUUACCAGUGCGAGAGCCAGCAGCCGUCACUGGCCCACUGCCAGUGGACCUACAACAAAUCGGCUCCCUGCCACCAGUCCCGGGCGGUCGGCGUGGUCUGCAACGGCUCCCAGGGCUUGCAGACGCCAACCCCGAUGGCCACAGUGACACCGAGCAACAUCACGCUCCUAGGCGCUGAGGAGGGUUCCCCGGCCGUGGGGGCACAGUCCUCUCUGCACAUGCUCCUCUUUGUCCUCUGCCUGGUCCUGGCAGCACUGCUCCUGCUCACCGUGCUGACCUUCACCGCCGCCCUGCUGAGGGUGAGAAAGAUGAGCGCCCACGCCGUGUCCUCCCUCGGGCUAGCCGGGCCGGUGCUGGUGACCCACAGUGCCCAGAGCCCCAACAUGUCCUCUGGGAUCUCCAACGACUACAGGGAGAUGCCCCCCAACCUUCCCAAAGGACCAGACCCGCUGGUCACAGCCCUUCCCACUGCCAAGGACUCCGACUCCAACUCUGACUACGAACACUACGACUUCAGCAGCAAGCCGCCCAUGGCACUCUCCACCUUCUACAACUCGCUGCGCCGGCAGCCCGGGGAACAGAUGCUCUUGCUGAUGCCCAGCCAGGACGGGACGGAGCCGUUGCCUGCAGAGGGUACGACACGAGGGGUGCCCGUCCCUCCGUCCUGCGGCAAUGGCCGUCUGCCCGUCCUGCCCGUGGGUGGGCGAGUGGCCACCCCGCAGCCUGGGGCUGACAGGAGUCCUGUGCCCCGCAGUGCCGGCCAGGCUAGACCCCCCAUCCCGCGGCAGGACCCCGAUCCCGCAGACAGCUCCAGCACCUCCUCGGGGGAGUGGUACGAGAACGUGCAGGGCACGGAGCCGCCCGUGGACCCGUCCCCACACCCCGGCUGGCCGGCUCCGUCCUGCCCCUCGGGGGGACACGCGCAGGACCCUGACUCCUCUGAGGGCAGCGACUACGAUGACAUCCAGGGCUCUGCCUACUGA